ACUAUUGACCAGAUUAAACAAAAGAUUCAAGAUAAAGAAGGUAUCCUCCCCGUGUUACAAGCCUUACUUUUGCCGGUAUGCAAUUGUAUGAAGAUUAUAAUUUAUCAUAUUAUAAUAUCCGAGAAGAAUCCAUAUUACAAUUAGAAAUUAAAUCAGUAAUCCAUGUUGUAAUAACCAAGACCAGAAAAACCUUAGAAUUGAAAGCAGAUACAAGUGACACUGUCAAACAGAUUAAACAAAAGAUUCAAAGUGAAGAAAACAUUCCUCUUGACCAACAAUGUCUUAUUUUUGAUGGCAGGCAAUUAUAUAACGCUCAUACCUUGUCGUAUUAUAAUAUCAAAAAAGGGUCCACAUUGAAUUUAGAAUGUAAAUUAAUAACGAUCUAUGUGAAAAUAUUUAACGGAGAAACAAUCGACCUGGAAGUAGAAGUAAUUGACACAAUCGGUCAGGUUAAGCAAAAGGUUCGAGAUAAGGAAGGCACCCCAAUUGCAAAUCAACAGCUCAUUUUUUUUAAUAAGACUUUGAAUAACUGGGAAACUCUGUUACAUUAUGGUAUCACCGAAGGAUCCACGUUGUCAUUGACAAUAAUUCGGCAGUAUAAAGCGUAUAAAAGGGAAAUUUUUGUGAAAACAUUGACCGGAAAAACAGUUAUCCUAGAUUUUGAUUCAAGCGACACUAUUGAUAUGAUUAAAUCUAAGGUCGAGAAAAAAGAAGGCAUUCCUCCUGACCAGCAACGUAUUAUUUUUGCUGGUAAGCAAUUGGAGGAUGGAAAAACUUUAUCAGAUUAUAAUAUUCAAGAAGAGUCUACGUUGCAUCUUGUACUUAGACUACGUGGUGGGAUGUUUCAAGAAACUAGUGGUCGCAAAGAAUUUGAUGCAUUGCCAUCACUCACACAAUACAUGCAA